AUGGGCAGCUGGCCCCAGUCUCCGCAGCCCUGCGAGUACAGGACGCCAGCCUGGACCCUGGCCGCUGGUCCCACCCCCGUGAGAGGCUGGCCUCCCCAGCUGUGCACCUGUGGCCGUGUGCGCAUGGAGUCCGCUCGGCUCAUUGCAACCAGCCCCUCUAGCCGCACCCCUGCCUUCUGCCAGCCCCACCCCGGCCACUGUCUGCUUCUGUGCACCUGCCCCAGGUGGGAGUCUGCAGCCUCCGGAGUACAUGCCGACAGCCCGGGCCCCCACAGCUGCCGGCGUGCCUGCCGCCCGGGCGCCCAGCGCUAUGGGUAUAAUGACAUCUGGCCCCAGCCGCUGCACGGGCAUCUCGGGAGCCGCCGAGAGCUCGCCUCCCUCUCCCGCCCGGCGCCUCGGGAGGUAAGUGCCGUGCGCCCAGCCGGAGUCGGGGCCCCAGGGUGGGGGGGCGGCCCCGCGCUCGAGGAGCCCCGGCCGGCGCUGCGGUCGGGGCGGGGGGCGGCGCCCAAGUUUGGGGGAGGCCUCGGAGGGCAGCGGGAGCGGCGCCGCGCCGCGGCGGGGACGGGCGCGGGGAGCGGCGGGCUGGGGCGGUCCGGGGGCCCCCCGACCCCGCGCCGCCUCGGGGACCCGCCCCCGCGCCCGGCGCCCGGCCGAGCCUCCGCCCCGCGCCCCGCGCACUUGGCGCGCUCUGCCCGCGGGCCCCGGGCGAGCCCCGAGCCGGCCGGAGCCGCGACCCCCGCCCCGCGCCCCCCCCCGCACCCCCCCGGCCGCCCGGCCCCUGCGGCCCGCUCGCCCCGCGGCCGCGCCGGGUCACGCCGGCAGGUCGCGCUCGGCCGCCGGCCAAGCCCUCCCGGGCCCCGCCGCGCCCGCGCCCGCGCCCCGGGCCACCCCGCCCGGCCUCUCGGCGCUGCGCCCCUCGCCUUCCCCAUCUCCAGCCGCUCGCUAUUUUCACACCUCCCGAAUAAAUCGCCGCCGCGCCCGCCGGCUUCCCCGGCCGUUUCCACACCGCCCCGGCCCGCGCCGCGGACCCGCCGGCCUCGGCCUGGGCUCCCGGGCAUCUCCCUCGAGGGCCUUCGACGGGGAAGCCGGGCGAGGGCGAGACCCGGGCGCGGUCGAGGGGAGACGGGGAAGCCGGGGGCUCGGGUUAAGGCCGCGGGGGACAAAGAGCUUGAUUAG